GAGAGCCAGCGAGAGGGGAGGAAGGGAAGGAGGGACACGGAGACAGCAGAAGGAGGAGAGCUGUGCGUGCGAGAGGCUGCGAGACAGACAGACAAACCGCUUAGACAGCAGCUUGUGGAUUGGCACCAAUAACGGGUGGAUUGCAAGCUCCAUGGAACAGAAUCGGUACCGCAGCAAUGCUGCUCUGCCGUCCAAUCAGGACAGCGCCUUCCGACAGAGAACCAGCUCAGAGGACAACCUGUACCUGGCUGUGCUGAGGGCCACAGAGGGCAAGAAAGAUGAAAGAGACCGCGUGCAGAAGAAAACCUUCACAAAAUGGGUGAACAAGCAUCUCAUCAAGCACUGGAGAGCGGAGGCUCAUCGCCACGUCAAUGAUCUGUAUGAAGACUUACGGGAUGGACACAACCUCAUCUCGCUCCUCGAGGUGCUCUCCGGGGAGACUCUGCCGCGGGAACGGGACGUUAUCAGGAACUUGCGGUUGCCUCGGGAAAAGGGCCGCAUGCGGUUCCACAAGCUCCAGAAUGUGCAGAUAGCCCUGGACUUCCUGAAGCAGAGACAGGUGAAACUGGUGAACAUCCGGAACGAUGACAUCGCCGACGGGAACCCCAAGCUGACGCUGGGCUUAAUAUGGACCAUAAUCCUUCACUUCCAGAUCUCGGAUAUUCAGGUGAGCGGUCAGUCGGAGGACAUGACGGCCAAGGAGAAGCUGCUGCUGUGGUCCCAGCGCAUGGUGGAGGGCUACCAGGGCAUGCGCUGCGACAACUUCACCACCAACUGGCGGGACGGGCGCCUCUUCAACGCCAUCAUCCACCGGCACAAACCCAUGCUCAUCGACAUGACCCGCGUCUACCGCCAGACCAACCUGCAGAAUCUGGAGCAGGCGUUCGGCGUGGCAGAGAAGGACCUGGGAGUCACCAGACUGCUGGACCCCGAGGACGUGGACGUCCCGCAGCCCGACGAGAAAUCCAUCAUCACAUACGUGUCGUCUCUGUAUGACGCCAUGCCCAGAGUGCCUGACGUGCAGGACGGAGUCAGAGCAAAUGAACUGGAGUUGUGGUGGCACGAGUACUACGAGAGGGUGACCGUGCUGCUGCAGUGGAUCCGCCAUUACACCGUCAUCUUCGAGGAGCGCAGGUUCCCUGCCAGCUACGAAGAGAUUGAGAUUCUGUGGCGCCAGUUCCUGAAGUUUAAGGAGACCGAUCUCCCCAGUAAGGAGGCCGACAAGAACCAGUCCAAGCUGCAGUACCAGUCCCUGGAGGGGGCAGUGAAAUCCGGGCAGCUGAAGGUGCCCCCCGGCUACCACCCGCUGGACGUGGAGAAAGAGUGGGGCAAACUGCAUGUGUCCAUCCUGGAGAGAGAGAAGCUGCUGCGGAUAGAGCUGGAGAGGUUGGAGCGGCUGCAGAGGAUCGUCAGUAAAUUACAGAUGGAGUCGGGGCUGUGCGAGGAGCAGCUGAACCAGGCGGACGCCUUGCUGCAGACGGACAUCCGCCUGCUGAGUGCAGGGAAGCAGCCGCAGCGCUCCGCAGACAUCGAGCGCGAUCUGGACAAAGCGGACGCCAUGAUCCGGGUUCUGUUCAACGACGUGCAGACGCUGAAAGAUGGAAGACACCCGCAGGCCGAGCAGAUGUACCGGAGGGUGUACCGUCUCCACGAGCGCUUGGUGGCUAUUCGGACAGAAUACAACCUGCGCAUCAAGUCAGGAGCCCCCCAGGUCGUCAUUUCGACCACCACAAGCCCGGUGCGGACCCCUCGGCCAGACAUGGAAGACGCCACCCUGCGCUACCUCCAGAAUCUGCUCAGCUGGAUAGAGGACAACCAGAAACACAUCAGCGUCGCCGAGUGGGGCUCUGACCUCCCGAGCGUCGAGUCCCAUCUUGGAAGCCACCGCGGUCUCCAUCAGUCAAUUAACGACUUCAGAGCGAAGAUUGAGCGUGCGCGGGCAGAUGAGGGGCAGUUCUCAGGAGCACGUGGAGCGUACCAGGAGUAUUUAGGGAAACUGGAUUUACAAUACGCCAGGCUGCUGAAUUCCUCCAAGGCCCGGCUGCGGCACCUCGAGUCUCUGCACGGUUUUGUGGCAGCCGCCACCAAAGAACUUAUGUGGUUAAACGAGAAAGAGGAGGAAGAGGUGAAUUUCGACUGGAGUGAGCGAAACUCCAACAUGACCAGCAAGAAGGACAACUACUCAGGGCUCAUGCGAGAACUAGAGCUGAAGGAGAAGAAGAUUAAGGAGAUCCAGAGCACAGGAGACAAGCUGCUGCUAGAUGACCACCCCGCCAGGAGCACCAUCGAGGCGUUCCAGGCUGCGAUGCAGACCCAGUGGAGCUGGAUGCUACAGCUGUGCUGCUGUAUCGAGGCUCACCUGAAAGAGAACACGGCCUACUUCCAGUUCUUUGCAGACGUGAAGGAGACCGAAGAGCAACUGAAGAAGAUCCAGGAGACCAUGCGCAGGAAGUACACGUGUGACCGCUCCAUCACCGUCACGCGGCUCGAGGACCUUGUGCAGGACAGCAUGGAUGAGAAGGAGCAGCUGAUGGAACAUAAGGCUCAGGUCGCCGGCCUCGCCAAACGCGCAAAGUCUAUCAUUCAGCUUAAACCUCGCAGUCCUGCCAACCCGCCGCGGGGCCAGCAGCCCGUCCAGGCCGUAUGUGACUACAAACAGCUGGAGAUCACGGUACACAAGGGAGAUGAGUGUUUGCUCGUGAAUAAUUCUCAGCCGUACAGGUGGAAGGUUCUCAGCCCGGCGGGGAGCGACGCGCUCGUCCCGUCCGUCUGUUUUAUUGUUCCUCCCCCCAACAAGGAGGCGCAGGAUGCUGUCAACCGCCUAGACAGCAGUCACCAGAAUCUUCUCACACUGUGGCACACGCUGCACAUUGACCUGAAGAGCUUACUCUCCUACCAGUACCUGCUCAGAGACAUCCAGCUUAUCCAGUCGUGGUCUUUGGUCUCGUUUCGCAGUAUGACCUCGGAGGAGCACAAGCAAAUACUCAGAAACCUGGAGAUCCAUUACCAAGAUUUCAUGAGGGACAGCCAGGACUCCCAGAACUUCCACCCCGACGACCGCAUGAAUGUGGAGCGAGAAUACAACUCCUGUACCCAGAGAUACGAGACGCUCUCGCGCAGCCUCGAGAAGGGUGAGCAGGACGAAAGCACCUGUAAGAACUACAUCUCCCAACUCAAGAACAUCCAGCUGCAGCUGGACGGCUGCGAAUCCCGAACCGUCAGCAAAAUCCGUGCCCCCCUGGACAAGGACCCCAUCAAAGAGUGUUCCCAGAGGAUCGGAGAGCAGCAGCAAAUCCAGUUUGAACUGGAGAGCAUCCAGAAGAGCCUGGACAAGGUGAACGAGAAGACGCAGAAAAUUCUGGCCCAGCCGGACCUCGGUGCCUCUGCUCCAAACCUCCGCUCCGAGCUGGAGCUAACGCUGCAGAAGAUGGGUCGGGUCCACAGCUUGUCCUCCAUCUAUCUGGAGAAGCUGAAGACCAUCAACCUGGUGAUCCGAAACACUCACGGAGCCGAGGAGGUGGUGAAAACCUACGAGGACCAGCUGAAGGAAGUGCAGUCUGUGCCGUCGGACCUCAAAACCCUGGAGAGCACCAAGACCGACCUCAAGAGGAUGCGCGACCAGGUGGAAGGUCACCAGCCCCUCUUCAGCAGCUUGGAGACUGAGCUGAGCCGGGCCAGAGAGGUGAGCGAGAGGAUGGUCCGGGCUCACAGCGAGCGGGACGUGGACCUGGAGAGAUACAGGGAGAAGGUGCAGCUCCUGCUGGAGCGCUGGCAGGCCAUUGUCUUCCAGAUCGACAUCCGGCAGCGAGAGCUGGAACAGCUGGGCAAGCAGCUCCGCUACUAUCGCGAGAGCUACGAGUGGCUGAUCAAGUGGAUCCUGGACGCCAAGCAGCGGCAGGAGAAGAUCCAGUCUGUGCCCAUCACAGACAGCAAGACCGUGAAGGAGCAGCUGCUUCAGGAGAAGAAACUCCUGGAGGAGAGCGAGAAAAACCGGGAGAAGGUGGACGAAUGCCAGAAAUACGCCAAGCAAUACAUCGAUGCCAUCAAGGACUUCGAGCUGCAGCUCGUUACGUACAAAGCCCAGGUAGAGCCGGCCUCGUCCCCGCUUAAAAAACCCAAAGUGCAGUCUGCGUCGGACAACAUCAUCCAGGAGUACGUGGAGCUCAGGACCAAAUACAGCGAACUCACCACCCUGACCAGCCAGUACAUCAAAUUCAUCACCGAGACCCUCAGACGCCUGGAGGAGGAGGAGAGAGCGGCCGAGAAGCUGAAGGAAGAGGAAAGGAGGAAACUGGCCGAGGUAGAGGCCCAGCUGGAGAAGCAAAGGCAGCUCGCCCAGGCCCACGAGCAAGCCAAAGCUCUGGCCGAGAACGAGGCCAGGGAACUGAGGCUCAACAUGCAGGAAGAGGUCUCCAAAAGAGAGGUCGUCGCGGUGGACGCCGAGCAGCAAAAGAAGAACAUUCAGCAGGAGCUGCAACACAUGAAGCAAAACUCUGAAAUGGAGAUCAAAGCCAAGCUGAAGCUGAUAGAGGAGGCCGAGUACAGCCGCAAGAAGGUGGAGGAGGAGAUCCGGAUCAUCCGGCUGCAGCUGGAAACCAGUCAGAAGCAGAAGUCCAGCGCCGAGAACGAGCUGAGUGCCCUGAGAGCCCGGGCGGAGGAGGCCGAGAGGCAGAAGAAGCUGGCCCAGGAAGAGGCCGAACGCCUGCGCAAACAGGUGAAGGACGAGACCCAGAAGAAGAGGGAGGCCGAGGAGGAACUUCAGCGAAAGGUACAAGCGGAGAAAGAUGCAGCGCGGGAAAAGCAAAAGGCUUUGGAAGACCUGGAAAAGUUACGGCUGCAGGCGGAGGAGGCAGAGCGGAGGAUGAAACAGGCGGAACUAGAAAAGGAGAGGCAGAUUAAACAGGCCCAGGAGAUGGCCCAGCAAAGCGCAGAGACCCAGCUGCAGAGCAAGCGCAUGUCCUUCCUGGAGAAGACCACUCAGCUGGAGAUGUCCCUGAAGCAGGAGCACAUCACGGUCACCCACUUGCAAGAAGAAGCCGAGCGUCUGAAGAAGCAGCAGCUGGACGCUGAGAUAGCCAGAGAGGAAGCGGAGAAGGAGCUGGAGAAGUGGAGGCAGAAGGCCAACGAGGCUUUGCGUUUAAGGCUCCAAGCAGAAGAAGUUGCCCACAAGAAAGCUCUGGCCCAGGAGGAGGCUGAGAAGCAGAAAGAGGACGCAGAGCGGGAGGCCCGAAAGAGAGCCAAGGCUGAAGAGUCUGCCUUACGCCAGAAGGAACUGGCUGAGGACGAGCUGGAGAAACAGAGAAAGCUCGCCGACGAAACAGCCCAACACAAGUUUUCCGCCGAACAGGAGCUCAUACGUCUGAAAGCCGAAGUGGAUAAUGGAGAGCAGCAGCGCAUCGUCCUCGAGGAAGAUCUUUACCGCCUGAAGAACGAGGUGAAUGAGGCGAUACAGAGAAGGAAGGGGCUCGAGGAAGAGCUGGCCAAGAUGCGCACAGAAAUGGAGAUCCUCCUGCAGGCCAAAUCCAAGGCAGAGGAAGAAUCGCGCUCUACCAGUGAGAAGUCCAAGCAGAUUCUAGAAGCUGAGGCCAGCAAGCUGCGGGAAUUGGCAGAGGAAGCCGCUAGAUUGCGCGCCCUCUCGGAGGAGGCUACGAGGCAAAGACAGCUGGCCGAAGAGGAAACCCUGCGACAGAGAGCAGAGGCCGAGAGAAUCCUGAAAGAAAAGUUGGCAGCGAUCAGCGAGGCCACGCGUCUGAAAACCGAGGCCGAAAUUGCCCUGAAGGAGAAGGAGGCAGAGAAUGAGCGUCUGCGACGGGUGGCGGAAGACGAGGCUUAUCAGAGGAAGAUGCUGGAGGAGCAAGCGGCCCAACACAAGCAGGACAUCGAGGAGAAGAUCCUCCAACUAAAACAGUCCUCUGACAGCGAGCUGGAGAGACAGAAGAACAUCGUCGAAGAGACCGUGAAGCACCGGAGGGUGAUUGAGGAAGAAAUCCGAAUUCUCAAAAUAAGCUUUGAAAAGGCCUCAGCCGGCAAGUCUGACCUGGAGCUGGAACUACAGAAGCUAAAGAACAUCGCAGAAGAGACCCAGCAAAGCAAGGAAAGGGCUGAGCAAGAAGCAGAGAGACAGCGCCAGUUAGCUCUAGAGGAGGAGAACAGGCGCAGAGAAGCGGAAGACAAGGUCAAGAAGAUCAUAGCUGCAGAACAGGAGGCCGCCAGACAACGUAAAUCAGCCCUUGAAGAAGUGGAGAGGCUGAAGGCCAAGGCAGAAGAAGCCAAAAAACAGAAAGAACUAGCCGAAAAGGAGGCCGAAAGACAGAUUCAGUUGGCUCAGGAGGCUGCCCGAAAUAAAAUCGAAGCCGAGGAGAAAGCUUAUUAUGCCGCCGUCCAGCAGAAGGAGCAGGAGCUGCUGCAGACGAGGAAACAGGAGCAGAGCGUUUUCGAUAAGCUAAAGGAAGAGGCCGAGAAGGCCAAGCGCGCCGCCGAGGAAGCAGACCGCGCACGUGCCAGAGCCGAGCAUGAAGCCGUCUUGUCGCGUCAGCAGGCAGAGGAAGCCGAACGCCUGAAGCAGAGGGCCGAGGACGAGGCUCAGGCUAAAGCCCAAGCGCAGGAGGAAGCCGAGAGGAUCCGCAAAGAUGCAGAGCUGGAGGCAGCGAAGAGGGCCCAGGCGGAGCAGGCUGCACUCAAACAGAAGCAGCUGGCCGACGCCGAAAUGGAAAAACAUAAGAAAUUUGCAGAGAAAACUCUGAGACAAAAAGAGCAGGUCGAGAGCGAGCUAACCAAGGUGAAGCUUCAGCUGGAGGAAACCGACCAUCAGAAGACCAUUCUGGACGAUGAGCUGAACCGCCUGAAGGAGGAAGUGACAGACUCGUUGCGGCAGAAGAAGCUCGUGGAGGAAGAGCUGUUUAAAGUCAAGAUACAGAUGGAAGAACUCAUCAAGCUCAAGAUCCGCAUCGAGGAGGAAAACAAGGUACUCAUCACGAAGGACAAAGACAAUACCCAGAAGUUCCUGCAGGAGGAGGCUGAGAAGAUGAAGCAGGUGGCCGAGGAGGCGGCUCGUCUGAGUAUAGAGGCUCAGGAGGCUGCGCGUCUGAGGAAGAUCGCGGAGGAUGACCUUUCCGAGCAGAGAGCCUUGGCCGAGAAGAUGCUGAAGGAGAAGAUGCAAGCGGUCCAGGAAGCCACGCGCUUGAAAGCGGAGGCCGAAUUGCUUCAGAAGCAAAAAGAGCUGGCUCUGGAACAGGCGAAGAAGCUCCAGGAAGACAAGGAGAUGAUGCAGCAGCAGCUUGCCGAGGAGACCGAGGGCUUCCAGAAGACGCUGGAGGCAGAGAGACGGCGCCAGCUGGACAUCAGCGCUGAAGCCGAACGUCUCAAGCUGCAGGUGCUGGAAAUGAGCAAAGCUCAGGCCAAAGCUGAGGAAGAUGCCAAGAAGUUCAGGAAACAGGCCGAAGAAAUCAGCGAGAAGCUGCACGAGACGGAGCUGUCCACCAAAGAGAAAAUGACGGUGGUGCAGACUCUGGAGAUACAAAGACAGCACAGCGACAAGGAGGCAGAGGAGCUCCGGAAAGCCAUUUCCCAACUGGAGAAGGAGAAGCAGAAACUGAAGCAGGAGGCAGAGCUGCUCCAGAAAAAGUCCGAAGAGUUGGAGAAGAGUCAAAGGGAAAUACUACGCCAAGAAACCCAACAACUUCAAACCACGUUCCUUUCCGAGAAAGAGAUACUGAUCCAAAAAGAAAAGUACAUCGAAGAGGAGAAGGCCAAGCUAGAGAAACUCUUCGAGUCCGAGGUCAACAAGGCUAAAAACCUGAAGGCCGAGAAGGAGCGGCAGCUCAGCCAGUUGGAAGAGGAGAAGAGACUCCUGGCUGUCACCAUGGAGGAGGCAACAAGGAAGCAGAUGGAGGCCGAGGAUAAAGUACGUCAAAAACAAGAAGAGCUUCAGGAUCUCGAAAGAAAGAGACAUGAGCAAGAACGGCUCCUGGAAGAGGAGAAUAGAAAGCUGCGGGAGAAGCUGGAGCAGCUGGAGCAGGAGCAUAAAAUAGCUCUGGAGAAAACAAGAGAAACCAUCAUCCGUGAGAAAACAAUCAUCACACAGACUUCCAUCCUGCCAAACGGCAACACCACCGCUUUAGAUGGAAGCAGUCAGAAUGGCGAUCAGGAGAACGCGUUUGAUGGUUUAAGGCAGAAAGUCUCUCCCAAUAAGCUUUACGAGGCUGGCAUCCUCACCAAAGAGAUGCUGGAUAAGUUGGCCAACAGGUCAGUGUCCGUACAUGAGCUUUCCCAGAGAGACGACAUCAAGAAAUACCUGGAAGGCAGGAGCAGUAUUGCCGGACUUCUAAUAAAACCAGGCGAAGAAAAGAUAAGCAUUUACAAUGCCAUGAAGAAGAACCUCAUCACCCCUGGAACUGCCCUCAUUCUGCUGGAAGCUCAGGCGGCCUCUGGAUUCAUCAUCGACCCGGUGAGGAACAGAAAACUGACGGUUAGCGAAGCGGUGAAGGAAAGCGUCAUCGGCCCUGAACUGCACAACAAAAUGCUGUCUGCUGAACGGGCAAUUACUGGCUACAAAGAUCCUUACACCGGAGACAAGAUUUCUCUCUUCCAGGCCAUGAAAAAGGACUUGAUCGUAAAAGAUCACGGAAUCCGCCUGCUGGAAGCUCAAAUUGCUACAGGAGGGAUCGUUGACCCAGUCAAUAGCCAUCGGUUACCUCUGGAUGUCGCUUACAAGCGUGGCUACUUUGAUGAGGAAAUGAACAAGAUCCUGUCUGACCCCAACGAUGAUACAAAAGGCUUCUUUGAUCCCAACACCCAAGAAAAUCUGACGUACCUGCAGCUCAUGGAGAAAUGUGUGAUAGACCCUGAAACAAAACUGUGUUUGUUGCCCUUGACCGACAAAGCUGGCAAGAGAGAACUGGUUUAUACCGAAUCGGAAACCAAAGACGUCUUCAAGAAAGCCACCGUUUCGGUUCCGUUCGGCAAAUUUCAAGGAAAGACGGUCACCAUCUGGGAAAUAAUAAACUCUGAGUACUUUACGGAAGAGCAAAGGCGGGAGCUCCUUAGGCAGUAUAAAUCUGGCAAAAUCACUGUUGAGAAAAUCAUUAAGAUCAUAAUCACCGUAGUGGAGGAGAACGAGAAGAAGAAGCAGCUUUGCUUUGACGGCCUGAGAGAUCCUGUCCCAGCGGCAGAGCUGGUAGAGAGUAAGAUCAUCGAUAAAGACCUUUUCAACCAACUUCACCAAGGUAAAAAGACCGUGAAAGAAGUGUCCGAGGUGGACUCUGUGAAAAAGUACUUGUCUGGAAGCACAGCCAUAGCUGGAGUCCAGGUGGAGAAAUCUGGUGAGAAGCUGACUUUGUAUGAAGCCAUAAGGAAAAAUUUACUGAAGCCCCUUACGGCCCUUGCUCUACUCGAAGCCCAAGCAGGUACGGGAUACAUUAUCGACCCCGUUCAAAACAAGCUCUUCCCUGUGGAUGAAGCCGUCAAAGCCGGUACCGUGGGCCCAGAGUAUCACGAGAAGCUACUCUCUGCCGAGAAGGCCGUCACCGGCUACAAAGAUCCAUACACAGGCCAGGCCCUUUCACUGUUCCAAGCACUGAAGAAGGGCCUCAUCCCUAAAGAUGGUGGCAUUCGGCUCCUAGACGCUCAGCUGGCCACCGGUGGAAUAAUCGACCCAGUAAAUAGCCACCGUCUUCCUCUCGAUGUUGCCUACAAGCGAGGGCACCUGGACGAGGAGACUACUAAGCUUCUCUCCGAGCCCGUUGAUGAAAACACUGGAUUCUAUGAUCCAAAUAGCCAAGAGCACCUGACGUAUGGCCAGCUACAGAAAAAGUGCAAAGUAGACAAGAAAACCGGCCAUUAUUUGCUACCUCUGUCGGAAGAAGCCAUAAAGUCACAACUGGAAGAGGUCUACAAUGAUUCCCAAGCCAAGGAAGCCUUUGAGAAGACAACUGUUGAAGUUCCAAGCGGCAGCUUUAAAGGAAGGACCAUAACUAUUUGGGAGUUAAUUAAUUCUGAAUACUUUACGGAAGAACAAAGGAGAGAACUGAUCCGUCAGUACAAAACCGGUAAAGUAACGAUCGAGAAGAUCAUCAAGAUCAUGAUCACCAUCGUGGAAGAAACGGAAACCAAGAAACAGCAACGACUGACGUUUACUGGUCUUCGAGCACCCGUACCCGCCACGGAACUGCUGGAGUCCAAAAUAAUUGAUAAGUCUCAAUACGAACAGCUCAAAGACGGCAAGAAGUCCGUAAAAGAGUUAUCAGAAACGGACUCCGUGAGGCGCUAUCUCCAGGGCAGCGAUAGCAUUGCUGGAGUGUUCAUAGAGGAGAACAAAGUAAAAAUGAACAUUUACCAAGCCAUGAAGAGGAACUUGCUAAGGCCAGGCACUGCUCUCGUACUUCUUGAAGCCCAAGCCGCCACCGGGUUCAUCAUCGACCCUGUGAAAAACCAGAAGUUCUAUGUAAACGAGGCGGUGAAAGCCGGCGUAGUUGGUCCCGAACUGCACGAGAAACUUCUGUCUGCAGAAAAAGCCGUGACCGGCUACAAAGACCCAUAUUCCGGAAACACAAUCUCUGUCUUUGAAGCUAUGCAGAAAGGGCUCAUCCUGAAAGACCACGGAAUCCGCCUGUUAGAAGCACAGAUAGCUACAGGGGGCGUUAUCGACCCCGUUCACAGCCAUCGCGUCCCAGUGGAAGUCGCUUACAAGCGUGGAUACUUUGACGAAGCCAUGAACAAAAUCCUGUCUGACCCCACAGAUGAUACCAAAGGAUUUUUCGACCCCAACACCCAUGAAAACCUUACAUACCUGCAGCUGAAGGAAAGAUGCAUCCGAGAUCCAGACACCGGCCUUUGCCUCCUUCCCUUAAAGAAGCAAGAGAAGACGGCUGCAGCGGAGACCAGCAAAGUCUACAGUGAGGAGGAGACCAGGAAGGUGUUUGAAGAAACUACAGUAGACAUUCCUUCUGGAAGCUUGGCCGGCUCUUCCAUGACCAUAUGGGAGCUCAUGCAAUCCGACCUCCUCCCUCAGGAGGAGAGAGACCGGCUGAUGGAGGAAUUCCGCGCGGGCAGGUUGACAAAGGAGCGUAUGAUUAUCAUCAUCAUCGAGAUUAUUGAGAAGACCGAAAUUAUCCGUCAACAGGAGCUCUACUCGUAUGACUUCGUACGUCGCCGCAUUACGGCAGAGGAAUUGUACGAGUCUAAACUUAUCACGGUGGAAAUCUACAGCAUGCUUAAGCAAGGGACGAAGACCAUUCAAGAGAUUAUACAGAUCGAGAGCGUCUGGAAAUACCUGUAUGGUACAGGGUGCGUUGCUGGGCUGCAGCUUCCUGGCUCUAGGCAAACCGUCAGCAUUUACCAAGCGAUGAAAAAAGGAUUCAUAUCUCCUGAUGUGGCCCAUUUACUGCUGGACGCCCAAGCGGCCACUGGCUUCAUUAUCGAUCCUGUAAAGAAUGAGCUCCUGACGGUAGACGAGGCUGUGAGAAAGGGGGUCGUCGGACCCGAAAUUCACGACCGACUCCUCUCUGCUGAAAGAGCGGUCACAGGCUACAGAGAUCCUUACACGGAGCAGAUGAUCUCCAUUUUCCAAGCAAUGAAGAAAGACCUCAUCCCCGCUGACCAAGCUCUUAGGCUUCUGGAUGCCCAGUUGGCGACAGGUGGCAUCAUUGACCCACGCUUCAGCUUCCACAUCCCAAAUGAAACUGCUUACAUGCGCGGGUAUCUCAACAAAGACACCGUCGAUAUGUUGUCCGAACCAAGUGAAGUCCGGAGCUAUGUGGACCCUUCCACCGAUGAAAAGCUCAGCUAUUCUCAGCUUCUCAAGAGGUGCCACCGUGAUGAAAACACCAAGAUGUUCCUGCUGCCCCUCGCAGACAAGAGGAAGCUGACAUUCAAAGGAUUGAGGAAAGAUAUCACUAUGGAAGAACUUGUGCGCUCAGAAGUAAUCGACGCGGUUACAGCUCAGCAGCUACAAGACGGGCUAACCUCUGUCGAGGAAGUUUCAAGACACCUGCAGAAGUUCCUUGAGGGAACGAGCUGCAUUGCUGGUGUCUACGUGGAGUCCAGCAAAGAGAGAUUCUCCAUCUAUCAAGCUAUGAAGAAAGGUAUGAUCAGACCAGGAACCGCCUUUGAGUUACUCGAAGCCCAGGCAGCCACCGGGUAUGUGAUUGACCCAAUCAAGGGACUCAAGUUAGCAGUGGAAGAUGCUGUGCGCAUGGGCAUUGUAGGUCCAGAAUUCAAAGAUAAGCUCCUGUCGGCAGAAAGAGCGGUGACCGGUUACAAGGACCCCUACUCGGGCAAGAUAAUCUCUCUCUUCCAAGCCAUGAAGAAAGGGCUGAUUCUAAAAGAUCAUGGAAUCCGCUUACUUGAGGCCCAGAUUGCAACCGGAGGCAUCAUCGACCCAGAGGAAAGUCACCGUCUGCCAGUGGAGAUAGCCUAUAAAAGAGGUCUGUUUGAUGAGGAAAUGAAUGAGAUCCUCACCGAUCCAAGUGACGACACCAAGGGAUUCUUUGAUCCUAACACAGAGGAGAAUCUGACCUACCUCCAGCUCAUGGAGAGAUGCAUCACAGAUCCACAAACUGGCCUCUGUCUUCUGCCGCUUAAAGAAAAGAAACGCGAAAGAAAGACCUCUUCUAAAUCCUCAGUCCGUAAGCGCAGGGUGGUAAUUGUUGACCCAGAGACCGGUAAAGAGAUGUCUGUCUAUGAAGCUUAUCGCAAAGGUCUUAUCGAUCACCAGACCUACAUGGAACUCUCUGAGCAAGAAUGUGAGUGGGAAGAGGUCACCAUCUCCUCUUCCGAUGGGGUAGUAAAGUCUAUGAUCACAGAUAGAAGAUCAGGGCGACAAUAUGAUAUUGAUGAUGCAAUUGCAAAAGGCCUAAUUGAUCAGUCAUCACUGGACCAGUAUCGCGCAGGCACCUUGUCCAUCACAGAGUUUGCAGACAUGCUAUCAGGGAAUAUGGGUGGAUUCCGCUCAAGAUCAUCUUCCGUCGGCUCUUCUUCUUCUUACCCAGCAAGCCCAGCUGGAAGAGCUCAGUCUGUAUCUUGGAGUGAUCCGACUGAAGAAACCGGCCCCAUCGCAGGUAUCGUGGACACUGACACCUUAGAAAAAGUAUCAGUCACCGAGGCCAUGCAUCGCAACCUUGUGGACAACAUCACCGGACAGAGGUUGCUAGAAGCCCAAGCGUGUACAGGAGGAAUCAUUGACCCCGUCACAGGGCAAAAAUUCUCAGUUAUUGAUGCCGUCAACAAGGGUCUGGUGGACAAAAUCAUGGUGGACAGAAUUAACCUUGCCCAGAAGGCAUACAAUGGAUUUGAAGACCCGAGGACAAAGACAAAAAUGUCAGCAGCCCAAGCUCUGAAGAAGGGUUGGCUUUAUUACGAGGCCGGCCAGCGGUUUUUGGAAGUUCAGUACCUCACCGGUGGCCUUAUAGAGCCAGAUGUUGAAGGACGUGUCAACCUGGAUGAAGCCCUACGGAAAGGCACUAUCGAUGCUCGCACUGCCCAAAAACUGCGAGAUGUGAACACGUACUCCAAGUAUUUGACCUGUCCAAAAACUAAACUCAAGAUCUCCUACAAAGAAGCCAUGGAGAAGAGCAUGGUGGAAGAUGGGACCGGCCUAAGACUUCUGGAAGCAUCCUCUCAGUCCAGCAAAGGAUACUACAGCCCAUACAACGUCAGCGGCUCCGGUUCAGCCUCGGGCUCCAGGUCCGGUUCUAGAACAGGAUCCAGGUCCGGCUCAAGACGAGGCAGCUUCGAUGCCACUGGCAACUCCGGCUUCUCAAUGAGCUUCUCCUCUUCCUCGUUCUCCUCUAGCAACUACGGCCGCAGAUACACCACUGGUCCCCAGGGCAUCCCGUUUGACGUGGCAGGCUUGACAGAUGCACUGUUAACCUUAAGUCAAAGCUGCAGCCAAGAAGCAAACCGGGGUCUCGGCGUGUUUGGAGCCCCCUUGCCUGGUCUAGUAUAGGAAUUUCAAAACCCCCUUUGAUCUCAUGAACUUUAACAACCUUUUCCUGCUCUGCAUGUGGUGAAGCUUUACUUUUUUAUUUUAUAAAUAUAUAUAUAUAUAAAUCUAUAACACUCAGUUUAUUACUUACUGUACAACAAAGCAGUGCCUACAAUUUAACCAAAAAGCUAGAAAGAAGAAAACUUUAGCCAGGUGACAUCAUAUAUUCAUGUUUUUAUUUGUAUAUUGAGAGAUGACUACGAUGCCUGAAAACACUAUCAUCGAGCGCCAGAAUUUAGCCAGGUUGGCAUGGUGUGCACUUGUUACUGUCCACCCGCAGAGCGAUACCCACCAGAAAAGGCAGCAAUUAACCCAGAACUCAUCGUCCACCCCCCCCUACACGGGAUAACCUGCUUAUCAACCUGCGCAGGAUCCAGGGCCCCAGCUUCUAAAGCCCAAAGGACCAUCAAAACCAUCGUCUUCCCUUUGCUGCCUACCUUCUGUCCGCAAUAACCUACCUCCUUCAUGAAUAUAACGAAACCAACACUCCACCAUUAUGCGGACAAUCAAGAGUCAAAGCCAUUUUUUGGACCCUUCUUCAUCGGCAGAAGAACCUCACUCAACGUAUACUCAAUCCUCUGACCACUGAGAGAAAACCCAUCACCAUCUAAUGACCGCCAUCGACCCGUCCUCCUCCUCCUCCUCCUCAACCCUCUUGUGUGUUCCUCACUCCCGUCUUCCGAGAUGCCCCUCCAUGAGGCUCCUAAAGGUCUCCCAACUGGUCUGUCCCCAGCCGGUUCCGGAAGUGAUUGUUCCUCCUGUCACCCCGACGUCCCAUGGAUCGGAUACCGGCCAGAAACUCUGGGCACCCCAGGACCGCCUGCGCACCCCCAAAUCCAGAGCAUCGGGAUCUACCAUCUGUCCUGUUGGAAGGGGGGUGCUCCCCCAUUCUCCGUUGCCGUCCUCUGCUGUGAUGCCCGCUGGAAAUCCCUCCCCUUUUCCAACAUAUCCCUCCCCUUCCGUCUGUCCGUCCACCCCCUAUAGUCAUUAACCCUGUCUGUGCUGUCUCUUUAAGCGCUGAUUGGGUUAAUGCCUCCCCGGAUGCCCCAGGAGGUCCUGUCUGCAUGAAGGGAGACGCAUCCUCAUCCUCCAGAUCAUCCUCAUCCUCACCCGACACUCCACGUGACGUCCUGUGUGUGCCCCCGCUGGGCGGCGGAUCCUCGCGUGGCCGCGUCUCAUGUGCCUUCUCUUCUCAUUGGUCUCUGGGUCCUUACAAUGGCUGACAGACUCUGCCUUUUACUGGAUUAAUUGCCCUUCGAGGGGUAUUUAUUACCCAGUUACCCGUCACAGGAAUGCUUGUGGUUUUUCGGUGUAUAUAUUGCAUUUCCUUUAUAGAUAACGAGGGUAAUAAACGCCCCGUUUAACCCCUCCGGUGCUGCCUGAACCUGCCGAGCAGUUUAACCCCUCCGGUGCUGGAGCGUAGUCCCUGGCCCGCGACACUAGCAGAUUGUACAUACGUGGAUGUAAACGCCGUGACUUCUGCCUCUCAAUGCAACCAGUAAACUGUUAUCAUACAGAA